UUCCUGUUAUUUGCCUUUAAAAAUGGCUAAAGACAAAGUAAAGAAGAGGGCUCUUCAGCCAAUUACUCGUGAUUACACUAUACACCUCCACAAGUUGGUUCAUCGUGUUUCUUUUAAGAGAAAGGCCCCAACUGCCAUCAAGAAGAUUAAGGAGUUUGCUUCCAAGGCCAUGAAGACAAAGGAUGUAAGGAUUGACACCACCCUUAAUCGCUAUAUCUGGUCCAAUGGUAUCAGGAACUUACCUCGUCGCGUACGUGUCCGUGUGUCACGUAAGCGCAAUGAUGACGAUGACGCUAAGGAGCCCAUGUUCACUCUCGUUCAGCACGUUCCCGUUGAAGACUUCACGGGUCUGCAGACUGAAGUUGUGGCCAGCGAAUAAACUAGCUUUGUGCUGAAUGUCUUUGGUUGUACUUUGGGUU